AUGGAGAGAGUUCUUGAAUCAACUCUUAUCCGAUGCCCAAACGCCGAGUUUGGUUGCACGAAAAUGGUAUCUAAUUGGAAAAUACCAACUCAUUUAAAGGAAUGCACUCGCUCUCAGUGUUCAUGCCCUGCAUUGGGCUGUGAUUACACUGGCUCAUACGAGGAUCUCUACAAACAUCUUUUUCAUUUUUCUUCUAUCCACCAUGUUAUAUUUAUGUUUUGUACUGGCUUCAGUUGUGCCGAAAACUUUGAUGUCCGGAUGAACAUCAAAGUCAAAGAUAAGAAUAAGAUAUAUGUUAAAAGGGAGUUCAAGAAGCACCUAUUGUUUGCGGUGCAGUGUUUCAGUGAGGCGGAUGGUGUGUAUAUUACUGUUAGCUGCAUCGCACCAUCUGCUCCAGAAGUAGGAGAGUUCUCAUAUCAUCUCUCCUACACUGUGGAUGGGAACGCUAUAACUCACGAAUCAACUGUGAAGAGACUUCUUGAAUUGAGCUCCAAAAGACCUGAAGAGAGUUACAUGAGGAUCCCUCACAGUUUAUUGCGUGGUGAACGGUUGGUGAUGGAGCUUUGCAUCAAGAUGUUGAACAAAGAGUAA